CUUUCUCAUAAACAAACAUGGCCAAGAGUGUAGAUCAUGAUCAAGGUGUUCAGACAGGUUUCAUUUGGGAAAAUCAUCUAUGGGGUGAUCUUCCAAAUUCUGAUCAUAACUUAGGUGAGAGUAGCAAAAAAAGAGUAGACACAAAACCAUUGAACCAGAAUGAAGGAAUCAAUGAAGCAGAAGCUCCCGUGAGCAAGAAGAGAAAUUGGGGUGGGGUUGUAAUUAGAAGUGAGAAUAAUAUUACAACUGGUGAAGAAAAAGAUAAAAAGUAUCGUGAUUUUGAUCAUGAAAUGCACAUUUUGACUGAAAGAGAAAGGAGAAAGAAAAUGAGGAACAUGUUCGAUAGCCUUCAUGCCUUGCUUCCUGAACUUCCUUCUAAGGCUGAUAAAUCAACCAUUGUGGAUGCAGCAGUGAAGCACAUUAAAAAUCUAGAAGAAAUUAAGGAAAAGCUUGAAAAGAAGAAGCAAGAAAUGCUCAAAUCUGUAUCCCCACUUGGGAGUGAGUCAUCUGUGAUCAACUCACAGUGGCAUCCCUAUGAAUCAAGGGAAGCAUUCUUAGCUGAUCAAGGAUCCUCAAGUUAUAAUAAUAACUUGUCUAAUGCAAUUGUAACUUCAAAUCCUUCAAAUGCAUUUUCAAUAUCUCCACCACAACAAGUAGGUUUUCAAACAUGGUCUUCUCAAAAUGUUGUGUUGAACAUAUGUGGUGGUGAAGCACAAUUUUGCAUUUGUUCAACUAAGAAGCCUGGUCUCUUGACCACAAUUGCUUUGGUGUUGGAGAAACAUAAGAUUGAUGUUAUUUCUGCCAACAUUAUGUGCAAUGCAAAUGGAAACUUCUACAUGAUUAUGGCCCAUGCAAAACAAGCUUCACUUGGCGCAAACUCGAUGGAGGAAACUUACAAGCAAGCAGCUUUAGAAAUUAUGACGAGGAUCGCUUAAAAUUUUGAUCAUAAAACUUGUCUUUUCAUUCCGUAUGAAUUUUAUUUUCCUUCCGAUCGGAAACAGUUAGAAUUGGCCAUCUUUGAUGGUCCUAUGAGACAUUUUAUGGUGUUUAAACUAGUUAAAUUAUUUGCUUUUUGUGUUUGCUUUUCUAAUA